UAGUGCACUUGAUGUCCACUAGGUGGUGGUGUGUAAACAGAGCGGCUCUGUCAGCAGGUUGUCUGUGUGUGUAACCCGUCAGUCAGAGAGAAGAUGGCGCUGAACAGAAACCAUUCUCCUCAGGGAGGAGUGCUCAUCAACAACAGUGAGAGUGUGCUGAGAGACUGUAAGAAUGUGGAGCUGUCAUUCAGUGAUGUCACACAAAAUAGUGACCUAUUUAAAGGGACCAAGAAGGGCAUUGUGUACCUCACACCUUACAGGAUGGUGUUUGUGUGCAGUAAUAUGAAGGAGAAGUUCUGCUCCUUCAUGUUCCCGUAUUACCUGAUGAAGAACUGCAGCAUUGAGCAACCCGUAUUUUCUGCCAACUUCAUCCAGGGGAUCAUCAAAGCAGAACCUGGUGGUGGUUGGGAAGGUCAGGCCAAGUUUAAGUUGACCUUUCUCAAUGGAGGGGCCAUUGAGCUCGGACAGCACCUCUUUAAACUGGCCUCCAAUGCAUCUCGCCCCCCUGCACAGAAUGGUGCAGCUAGUUUUGCCCCUGCAGGCUACAUGAAUGGCUAUGCGAGUCCAGCAAUGCCUCAACCCUACUACAACCCUUACCCCUACCCACCUGCUGCUCCAGGCAUGUAUCCCACAGUUCCCCCUUACAUGGCUCCACCUCCUCCAUACCCUGGACCUCCUCAGAACUGGAAUCCUCCACCAGUUGUUCCUGGAAAUACUAAAGAAGCUGAGGCAGCUGGCAGUGCUUACUACAAUCCUACCAACCCGCACAAUGUCUAUAUGCCAAUGGAUCAGCCUCCUCCAUACUUCCCUCCUCAGAACCAGCCAGAAAAGAAAAACAACUAAGUCUCCGCUCCUGUGAGGUCACAUGAUUGUGCAUUAUGACAUCACAGGUUUUUCUCAGAUUGGCUUGUACUGGAUGUUAGAACCUAAGCAAAAUUUAUUAUAAAUACAUGUAUUGUAUCUCUACUUUAUCUGUGUGUGAGAGAGUGACUGAUAGAAGUGUGUGUGUGUGUUUGUAAUCAUGUUUAUAACCAGCAAAGUUUUUCUAAUUCAGCUUUUCUGCACCUUUCCACUGUUUAUAAUCAGAAGUGUUUAUUAGAGUUUGUUAAUAAGCUUCUUCUCAGCUGUUGUUAGAUUUGCUGCUUAGUGACUCGUUUCCAUGGCUACUGCAUUAACGCAGAUCUAUUCACAACCGCCGAUUGAAGUCCCUGAGUACCUGGGCAGUAUGUGUGUGUGUGUGUGAAGUGUGUGACAAACCUAUAGCACAGGUACACAAUCAUAUUAACUUUAUAGACAUUAUAGGAAACUCUAUAACUCCAGUGUGUGUUUCCUCACGCUAUCCCAUAAUAUCCUGUGAUGGUGUAAACUGUGCAUUGAUUCUCACACACUCACGGUUUCCUUUAAUAUUCAGGAUUACUUUCUCUGAUUUGUAACUGCUAGAUUAAAGAUAUUGGUGAAUAAAUAGACAAAAGUUCUGAC